AUGUCCUGCGCUAGCAAAAUGGAUCAAAUAAUGCUGGAUGUUAAUGACCCUCAUAGGAGGCGCCAGCCUUUGACAGAUGCAUCCAGCCGCAUCAACCACUCCAAAUCGCCCAAAUCCGAGACGCCAUGCGUCACAAUAGCGGAGACGGAACAGCUGAAGACCCCCGAUAGGAUGUCCUUCUUGAUGACACCCACGCCACAGACCAACAAAGAGAACAACAGACUGUCUGUAGCAACUGAUUUCCAGCCUGUCUCGGCCCGAAGCUCAGUGAUGUCUGCGGCUUCUCUUUUGUCAAACAGAGGGAAGAGAAAGACACAUGUUGGACCAUGGCAUCUUGGAAAAGACUUGGGCAAAGGUGCCACUGGUCGCGUCAGAUUUGCUAAGCACGCUGGCACCGGAAAUACCGCUGCUAUCAAGAUCGUCUCGAAGAAAUCAGCCGCCAUGGUUCAGAGUGAAAGUAUUGCAGCAAUGGAUCGAAAUGCGAGUCGAUUCACAGGGAAUUCCACCACACGCCAGAUGCCAUGUGGGAUUGAGCGCGAGGUAGUCAUCAUGAAGCUGAUUGAACACCCUAAUGUCAUCAGCUUAUACGAUGUUUGGGAGAACCGAGGAGAACUAUAUCUCGUCCUCGAGUACGUUGAGGGAGGUGAACUGUUCGACUACGUUUCCAACAACGGACCUCUCCCCGAAGAAGAAGCUGUCCGACUAUUCCGCCAAAUUAUUGCGGCCCUCGGGUACUGUCACCGAUUCAACAUCUGCCACCGUGAUUUGAAGCCCGAAAACAUUCUUCUUGAUGGAAACCACAAUGUCAAGCUUGCUGACUUUGGAAUGGCUGCUCUCCAGCCCGCUGGUCACUGGCUGAACACCUCGUGUGGUAGUCCUCACUACGCAGCACCGGAGAUCAUCUACGGACGAAAAUACCGUGGUGACAGGGCUGAUAUGUGGAGCUGUGGAAUCAUUCUCUAUGCUCUCUUGACUGGUUAUCUACCUUUCGAUGGAGGUGACCUUGGGAACACCUUGCGUCUAGUGAAGAAGGGAGACUACACGAUUCCUCCAGAGCUGAGCGACGAGGCUGCCGAUCUCAUCCAACGCAUCUUGCAAAAGCGGCCCGAGGAUCGAAUCUCCAUGCAAAACAUCUGGCUGCAUCCUCUUCUGACAAAGUAUGAAAAGCUACAUAAUGCCAUGGUCGACCACUAUGUUGGACCUCCGCCCCCCUUGUCCGUCAAGGACUGUGGACCGACAUUAUCCUGCCAAGAAGACAUUGACCUAGAUAUCCUGCGAAACCUCCAAACUCUUUGGCAUGAUGUCAAGGCUGAAGACCUUGUCCAGCGUAUAUUGUGUAUCGAGCCCACCCAUGAAAGGAUGUUUUAUAAUGCCUUGGUCAAGUUCAGAGAUGAGCAAUUAGAGAACUAUCAAGGGCAACCUCUCGAGUACUCAGCAAGUGACUACCAUCACAUCGCUCGCCCUGGGGUCAGAGCCCACCGAGGCCGAAGCCAGUCUGGCCAUGGAAACUCCAAGCGCCGUGCGCAGCAUACUCCCGUGAAGGAAUUUCCUCGGCGCAUGAGCUCUUUCAAGGAACCCAUGUCCUCUGGGACAGUGGAGAGCUAUGAUCCCUAUAGAUCACCGAAGCAUGCCAUAGAAUCGGAGCCACAGUAUGCCCAAAUCACCAUCCACCGAGCAUCAACGGAAGGAGAGCCUUCAAAGGUAGUCAAGGCUCCCCCCUCAAUUGCAGAGGUUGAGGAAGACCAAUUAGAAGACGCGGAUAUGCCAGAUGGUUCACCAUUUACUAUCCUCCAGAAGCGAAAGCACAAACCAAGCUCCAUGAAGUCUUUCCACUCUUCUCGAGUACCACUUUCGAGCUCUCGUGUCCGUGGGUUGACGGCGCACUCUGCCAGCUACCGUCGAAAUGUCUCCUUCCGUCAUGCUCGUAACCGCUCUAAUGGUUCAGGAACCACAAAGCCCAAGCGCAGAAAGACAGCAGCGCCCAAUCAACCGAAUGAAAUCAAGCGCUCACCUAGCACCUGCAGCUUGCAAAUCAUGGCAGACGUUGCGGACCUGCCUCAUAUGCCCAGCAGCCCGCCCCUGCCGGCUCAGCCAACGGUGGUUCGGGCUCAUGGUCCACAGGUAAAGAGCUUGCGCCAUGUGCGUAAGCUUCGGGACUCCGAUUACACUUGGAGAGACGAUACACGAAAGGUUUCCCAUGAGCUCAGUCAAAUUUGCGAGGAGGCAUUCAAUGGUAGCUCUGUUUCAACCAUCCGAACUGCUAGCGCUGGCUCUGGGUAUGAAACUCCAGCAACUCCGGUGUCGAUGUUUACCCCAGAGAAUCGUCCAGCAUCUGCCACCAAACCUGUCUCCAAAACACCCAAGUCCUACAGUAUUAAGGAGCUCACAGAGACCCGCCGGAAGUUAAUUGAGCAAAGCAAGGGACGAAAGGACAGUGCAUCUGUCCACAUCUCUGGUGUCUUGAACCACUUUGAUCGCUUGAUUGAAGAGUACGAAGCUGUGAAUGGUACUCACAAGGAACCGGAGGAAGUCUCCUUCCAUGAUCCCUUUGUCUCUGUUCCACAUGACGUUUCUCUGCCUGUCAUCAGCGAAGAACUUGCCAGUCCCACUUGUGCAGGCGACGUCAGUCCUCGCCGUAUGCUUAAUUCCAGGACUUCAGCUUCUGCGUCCCAGGGUGGUGAUGUCAAGAACACAAUCCGUAUGGUGCCUCACAGCUCCUUCCGCUCCAUGGAAGAAGUCAAGCCGUUGACCAUCCGUAAGAAAAAGUCAGACAAGCCUUUGUCAUCGGAUACUCAUGACUUUGCCAACAGCCCGCCAUCGGCUGGCAAUCGGAACUUCUCUACUGGCUCGAGGCAGGCUCCUCCCGCGUUAGGUUCUGGCGGUUUGGCACCCAUUGAUGAAGUACCCAUAUCCCCGACUAGAAAGAACACACGCGCAGAGGGUAAGAAAUGGUCAUGGUUCAAGCACCGUUCCCAGGGCUCGGACGCUCCUCCGGCUCUCCCACCCAAGGACUCACACCCGAUCAUUCCCAACGGAGGGUCAACAGUACACAAGCCCAUCACCCUGGAGUCAAACUCGACUUCCGUUGAGAAUGCGCAACGGGCUCCCACUCGCAAGACAUCUAUGGACCGUUUCGCGGGUGGUAUCUUCAAGAAGCUCAUGCCUAAAAAAUCUGCUAAGAACAUGCAAGAGAAUUUGACUGAGCAAGAGAUGGAAAAGCCAGUCACGUCUUCUCAAGACAAAUGUCACUCUUCAAUCGUUUCCGACGGAAUGCCCGAUGCCGAAAGCUCCUUUGAAUCUGAUGACAACCAGAACCCCUUCCGAACCAAGCGCCGCUCGGUAGCUAAUCAAAACUGGUUUGCACGGGUUUUCCAGAUCAAGCCCGCGAGCCGGGUCAUCGCUCUUAACUGCUCCAAGCAGAAAGGCCGCAGAGAGCUAUACAAGCUCCUUCGCGAAUGGCGAGACUAUGGAAUGGAGGAUGUUUGGCUUGACAAGGCCAAUAGCGUCGUCCAUGGUCGUGUCAGUGAAGCGAACUUCCUGCGUCUACGGGAAGUCGAAUUCACCGCUGAAUUCUAUACUGUUCUCGAACACGGCCUGGAAAGCAACCUGGGCGUGGUCCGUUUCAAGCAAGAGCGUGGUGCCGCCUCAUCAUUCAACCAGGUAGUGGAAGCCGUGGAGAAUACCCUCAAGCGCCGCAGUAUGACUGUCGAAGACCCUCUUCGCGCAAAGAAGAUGAUCCAAGUUCUGGACUCUGUCCCCAACCACAAAUAA